UUGUCGUUGGCGGAAGUUGUAAUCGUUUUCCGUCUCUGCCAUGGCAAAAUGGCAGAGGUCGCCCAGAAACUGGGCGGCGGGGUUUGCCGGUUGUCCAGCUUCAAAUAUAGCCAUUGUCGACCGGUCUGCCGCGGGGAAGGUUCUGGAACUCGGUUGUUAUCAGUCAGAGGAGCCAUUUCCGGUCAUCUGAACAGGACUUCUUGGAUCAGAGGAGCCAUUUCCGUUCAUCUUAACAGCAUCAGGACUGCUCAGCAGCAAAGAUCCUUCUGUACUGUCAUCUUCAUCCGAGUAAAGCAGGAGUCAGAAAGACAACAAUCAAGAAGCUACCGGAAGACGAGUGAGAGCAACCCGUACAGGAGCAGGACUGCCUAUUAUGACAUCCUCAAAGUCUCCCCCAACGCCACACAGGCGCAGAUCAAGACGGCCUACUACAAGCAGUGCCUGGUCCACCAUCCGGACAAAAACCCCGGGGACGAAGAGUCCGCCCGGCGCUUCUCUGAGAUCAGCGAGGCCUACAGCGUGCUGGGCGACCACGCUCUGAAGAGGAAGUACGACCAGGGUCUCAUGAGCACGUCAGACGUCCAGGGUGCGGCACCGCCCGCUUCCACCGACACCCCCAAAUCUAAGGCCUCCUACCAAACCGGAGAGAGGCCCAUGUUUGAUUUUGACGCCUUUUACCAGGCGCACUAUGGCGAGCAGCUGCAGAGGCAGCGAGAGAUGCAAGCCCAGAGGAAGCGAGCGGAGGAGCUGUACAAGAAGAGGGAAAAGCAAAGGCGGCGCAGCGCGGUGGAGAUGGUGGCGCUCAUGUUGAUGUUCACGGCGGGAUUCAUUGCUUUAAACCUCAACAACAAGCCCUGAGAGAAAAGAAAAGUGUCAGGACAGGAGUGGGCCCUUCUGGCUUUAGGACACUUUAUGUAAACAAAUCUGACACAAAACAAGCAUAUUGGCCAUCUAAGAUAGUACAAUUAUCUUCAGUGACUCUGACUCAUGAUUGUCGGAUUUUAGUUUUUUUUAAUUUCCUCCCUUGAAUCCAAAAAUGUGCUGUAAACAUUAUUAAAUUGUAUCAAAGCGUU